AGUUGUAUACCUGAACCUUCCACACAAAAAAAAAAGACGUGCAGCACAGCUCUUUGAGAGAAGGGGCGGAGGUACACGUGAAUAAAAAAGAAGUGCUGGGAACAGACUGGGAAAUCCAAAAUUCUAGCCGCUUUCAGUUACAUGGUACGUUUGAAAACAAGAAACUUGACGUAUUUCAAAACCCUCCCCCUGGCCGUCAGUGUGGCGUAUUGACGUAUUCCGGUGAGUACAACGACAAUUGGACAGUGAUCGUCAUCUAGAAAGGAUUGCAACAGUGCGCUUUGCUGAACAGCGAAAAGAUGGCCCGUCAUUUGGCUGCGUUGAUUAAUUUGUUUUGGCUCUUUUUCGCUUGCACAAUUUACGCCAACGCGAACGGCCAAUCCUUCGAAGACACGGUGCAACAAUUGGCGAAAAACUACGCUGAAAUCAAAGAAGUUUUGGAAGCAAAAAUCGUCCGUUUAGAAACGAAAGUGAUUGGCCUCGAAUCGAAAAUCCAACAGCAAAACGCGAUUGUGAUUGCGUUGCAAAACGAGCGGCACGGCGACGAGGUGGAGAUCAAGUUGCACGAAACAAAAGCCAUCGUGGACGAUUUAGCCAUCAAGUUAAGCGAGAGAACGAGCGCCGUGACGGACAUUGGAAAAAUGCCGACAUCAUGUUCGGAUUUGCAACACAUCGGACAUCGAAUAAGCGGAUUGUAUUCCGUUAUGGGAACUCGAUCUGUGGAAACAGUUUACUGCAAUUUUCACCCCAAUGCUAAAGAGAUGCAAAAAUGGAUCGGCUACGUCGACGUGAAAUCGGCGUCCACUUAUUUCUACGUGACGAGGAGCAGUCCGUUCAUGGAAACCAACAUCCCCAUUCCGUUCGACGUGGAGCAAUUGAACAUCGGGGGAGCCAUGAAUUUGCAAACGGGCAAGUUCGUGGCCCCUCGCGCGGGCAAGUACAGUUUCUCCAUUUCGGGAGUGGCCUAUUUCCCGUACACGCAACUGACGGCCGGACUGUACAACGAGACUCCCGUGGUGCCUUCCUAUCGCUUUCAAAUCAGUUUGAUCAAAAACGGCAAUUGGAUCGGCUCUGGCUAUUCGCACGCGACCAACACGGGCGGUACGUUCGAAACGUUUGCGCUCGAAUCGACGCUCGGUUUGAUCAAAAACGAUCAAGUCUGGGUGGAGAUUUCGGAAAUGUCGGACAAGGUGUUGCUGUACGGCCGUCGCUUCACUCAUUUCACCGGCGUUUUCCUGGAGGAAGACUUGACCCAAUAGCUACGAAUGUUGAGCGUCUAUAGACGAAUUCCCUAAUUGCAAAUGUUGAUGUGCAUUCCAGCUUGGAACAGCGAUUUCAAUACAUCUCUUCUCGAUUCAAA